CACUGAGAGGUGGCACUGACUGGCGGCACUGCUAGGCAUUGUGGCACAACUGCUGGGCACUGACUGGCAGCACUGCUAGGCUGCACUGAUGGGCACUGGUGGGUGGCACUGGUGGGCACAGGUGGGUGGCACUGGUGUGUGGCACUGCUGGGCACAGGUGGGCGGAACUGGUGGGUGGCACUGCUGGGCACAGGUGGGCGGAACUGGUGGGUGGCACUGCUGGGCACCGAUUAUCAGGGCACUGAUCAUCAGUGCCCUGAUGAUCGGUGCCGAUCCCUGCUCUGACAACUGCCACUUCUCGGCAGCACUUUCCUCACGCUGUCAAGUGCAGCCGAGAACCGGCAAUUGC